GGGAACAUGGCGGCGGAGACAACAGCCUGCUCGGUACCGACUCGUCGUUAAAUCAGAGGGGAGCACCACUUAACACAGGUCAACCAAAAACACCGCAACACCUCUAGAUAGGCGAUGAAGGGAAACCUGAAGGCAGCAAACCGUCUCUAAGCAACAGCCGCAGCAGCAGCCGCAGCAGCAGCAGCAGCACACAUACCAUGGCAUACAAGAUCCCCGGUGCAGCGAUGGACAGAGUCAGCCUGUUGUGGCGUCUGAGGCGUCGAGCUCGCCGUGGAGUCGUCUGCAUGGCCUUCUUCUGCAUCUCCAUGGCUCUGCUCUACGCCAUCUGUGCCGAGACAGCGUUCCCCGUCACCGACGCCAUCUUCGGCGUCCGGGCGCGAACCCGAGCUCAACCUCGCACACACUCUGUCAUCAAGGUGCUGAGAGGCGGAGCCAAACCCGCCUACGUCGACCCCCAGAAGCUCCCAGGCGUCGUCCCGGGCGACCCUCACCGUCCGAUCCCCGUCCUCUCCUCGGCCAACCACACCCACGAAGAGUCGGCCACGAAGCGGAAGUCGAGGGAGCGCGAGCCGUCCGGAGGUUUCUUCACCCAGAUGCUGCCGCGGCCCUUCAUGCGGGCGAUGGAGACGCUGUUCGGGCGCCGGCGGAGGGGCGAGCUGAGCGGGAAAGGGGACGCGGACUUCUUCGGGCCUCAGGGACUCCUCGGAGAAGUUUGGAACGACGAGACGUCCAGCAGCAUGCUGGGAAACAGGCUGAAGAAGGUGGUGCAGAACUAUCAGGCGAUGAAUAAAUACGGCGUGGAGGUUUCGGGCCCCGGCGGUUCUUCCAGCCGGCCGAAGCUCAGCGGCCCCGAGCUUCUCUGCCAGAUGAAGAACAAAGUGGAGGUGGCGACUCUGACCGCAGACCUCGCUCCCUUCUCGUCUCUGCCGCUCGCCGCUCAGCUUCCUCUGAAGCAGCUGACCUCUGACCUCGGCCCGUACAGGAGCUGCGCCGUGGUGUCGUCCGCCGGGUCGCUCCGCUCCUCCGGACUCGGCAAAGAGAUAGACUCCCAUGAUGCCGUUCUGCGCUUCAACGCUGCUCCAACCGUCGGCUAUGAGAAUGACGUCGGCUCUAAAACGACAAUCCGCCUCAUCAACUCGCAGGUGAUGGCGUCUGAUGACCAUCGCUUCCUGUCCAGUUCUCUGUACAGCUCCGGCGCUCUGGUAGCUUGGGAUCCUGCUCCUUUCUCUGCUGACCUCACACAGUGGUUCAACAGGACGGACUAUCCCAUCUUCACUCAGUACCAGAGGUACCGGAGGCUUCAUCCUACGCAGCCGUUCUACAUCCUGCAUCCUCGCUUUGAGUGGCAGGUCUGGCAGCGAAUACAAGACAACAUGGCCGAGCCCAUCCAGAGGAACCCGCCUUCCUCCGGCCUGCUGGGCACCGUGCUGAUGAUGUCACUGUGCGAGGUCGUGCACGUGUACGAGUUCCUGCCGUCCCGGAGGAAGACGGAGCUGUGCCACUACUACCAGCGUUUCUACGACGCCGCGUGCACGCUGGGCGCUUACCACCCGCUGCUCUACGAGAAGAACCUCGUCAAGCGGAUGAACCGGGGGCCCGACCGAGACAUCUUCACCCACGGACGGGUCACCCUGCCUGGGUUCAGCAGACUCAACUGCACCCGCGCUCCUGGAGGUUAAAAAAAAAAAAAAAAAAAAAUGAGUGAUGAACACAUGCACACACACACACACACACACACACACACACACACACACACACACACACACACACACACACACGAUUCAAUCCUGCAUGAAGAACAACACGGAGCGACGCAUGAAGACUUCAUCCUCACUGCCGAACCCAAAGGAACAAUGUGCCACUAAAUAUAUAAAUAUAUAUAUAGAGA